AUGGGUGCCACCAGGGACCUGCUGUGGUUAUUCCUGAUAAAUGCAGCACUCCUGGAUGCCAGCUCACCUAAUCUACCGAAAAAUUAUUCUUCCCAAAAAGAUGCCUCCAAUGCCUCCUCUGCAGAUGCCUCCAAUGCCACAGCCAGCCUCACUGUCUCUGCUCCUUCAGGUGCCACAGUCAAAGAUCCACCCAAGUUGAGGUUGGCCACUCCUUCAGAUGCCACCAUCAGCCUGGUGAACGGCGGGAGCCGCUGCGCGGGUCGCGUGGAGAUUUCCCACUCUGGGGGCCGGGGCACUGUCUGUGAUGAUGGCUGGGACCUGAGCGAUGCCCAGGUGGUGUGCAGGCAGCUGGGAUGUGGCUCUGCUGUUUCUGCAACAACAGGAGCCUCCUUUGGACAAGGCAGUGGCAGCAUCUACCUGGAUGAUGUGAACUGUAUGGGAUCAGAAUCAUCCCUCUUCCAGUGCAGCCACCAUGGCUGGGGCAGCCACAAUUGUCAGCACAGUGAAGAUGCUGGUGUUGUGUGUUCAGAUGUUUUCUCUCCCUACGUCCACCUGGUGAACGGAAGGCACCGGUGUGAAGGUCGUGUUGAGAUCUACUACCGGGGACGGUCGGGGACAGUGUGUGAUGACUUCUGGGACCUCCCUGACGCCCAGGUUGUGUGCAGGCAGCUGGGCUGUGGCAGGGCCAUUGCAGCUCUGGGAAGUGCCUACUUCGGGCAGGGCUCGGGUGACAUCGUGCUGGACAACGUGAGGUGCAGUGGAAAUGAGGCGUCCUUGCUGCGCUGCAACCACACGGGGUGGAGGAUCCACAACUGCGCCCACUACGAAGAUGCUUCUGUUGUCUGUUCAGGGCCCGGUGUGCGGCUGUCGGGUGGCAGGAACGGCUGCGAGGGCCGCGUGGAGCUGUACGACGGCAGCACCUGGGGCACCGUGUGUGACGACCAGUGGGACAUGAGGGAUGCCCAGGUGGUCUGUCAGCAGCUGGGCUGUGGCCAGGCCUUGAGAGCCCCAAGCAAUGCUCGCUUUGGCCCGGGCUCUGGCCGCAUCUUCCUGGACAACGUGCAGUGCCGCGGGGACGAGCCCUCCCUGCAGAUGUGCCAGCACAGCGGCUGGGGCAUGCACAACUGCGGGCACGUGGAGGAUGCCAGUGUCAUCUGUGCAGGUGCCAAUCCAACCCCUCCUGCUCAAUGGCCGUACACAACAGGGCCCGGCGUGCGGCUGUCGGGCGGCAGGAACGGCUGCGAGGGCCGCGUGGAGCUGUACGACGGCAGCACCUGGGGCACCGUGUGUGACGACCAGUGGGACAUGAGGGAUGCCCAGGUGGUCUGUCAGCAGCUGGGCUGUGGACAGCCCCUGAAAGCCCCACGCAAUGCUCGCUUUGGCCCGGGCUCCGGCCGCAUCUUCCUGGACGACGUGCAGUGCCGCGGGGACGAGCCCUCCCUGCAGAUGUGCCAGCACAACGGCUGGGGCAUGCACAACUGCGGGCACGUGGAGGAUGCCAGUGUCAUCUGUGCAGAGACUCAAAUCAAUGCCUUGUGCCAUUUGUCAGGGCCCGGCGUGCGGCUGUCGGGCGGCAGGAAUGGCUGCGAGGGCCGCGUGGAGCUGUUCGACGGCAGCACCUGGGGCACCGUGUGUGACGACCAGUGGGACCUGAGGGAUGCCCAGGUGGUCUGUCAGCAGCUGGGCUGUGGCCAGGCCUUGAGAGCCCCAAGCAAUGCUCGCUUUGGCCCGGGCUCCGGCCGCAUCUUCCUAGACAACGUGCAGUGCCGCGGGGACGAGCCCUCCCUGCAGAUGUGCCAGCACAACGGCUGGGGCAUGCACAACUGCGGGCACGUGGAGGAUGCCAGUGUCAUCUGUGCAGCUCCAGUGGCCACUUCAACACCUCCACCAGCACCUUAUUUUUGUGGUGGCUCAGUCUCAGAUCCCUCUGGGGUGCUGCAGAGUCCCAACUACCCUGGAAAUUAUCCAAACGACGCUGACUGCGUGUGGGAAAUACAAGUGGAGAAUAAUUUCCGUGUAACACUGACAUUUAGAGAUAUUGUGAUGCAAAGUGGGACGUGCCAGCACGACUACAUUGAAGUCUAUGAUGGACCUCUCCACUCUUCCCCUCUUCUUGGGAGAUUCUGUUCUGGCUCCUUUCCCACAUACGUGUCCUCUUCAAACAUGCUGAGUGUUCGCUUCCACAGUGAUUCCAAAUUCUCCUUCAGAGGCUUUCAGGCUCACUACUCCUCCAUUCCAGCAGGUCACAACACCACCAUUCAGUGCUUGCCAGACUACAUGCAUGUAGUGGUCAGCAGAGACUACCUCCAGUCCCAGGGAUACUCAGCACGGAAGGUCACCUUGAAUGACAAUCGCUGCAGACCGACAGUCACCUCACAGGAGGUUGUAUUCAACAUCCCCUACAAUGGCUGUGGGACAAUCCAAGAGGAGAACAACGACACAAUCAACUACGCCAACACCAUCAGGGUCGCAUCUUCCGGGUACAUAAUCAAGAGGAAGAAGAACAUCAACUUGCACGUCAGCUGCAAAAUGCUGAGGAAGAGCUGGCAGCAGGUGGUGUACGCCGCUGAGGACACCAUGGAUGUGGACGAGUACCAGUUUGGGAGAUACAACAUGAACAUCACCUUCUAUCAGUCCCCGGCGUUCCGGCGCCAAGUGCGCGCCUCUCCCUACUACAUUGGCCUCAACCAAAACCUCUACCUGCAAGCCUGUCUCCACAGCUCGGACCCAAACCUGAAGGUGGUUGUGGACACGUGCGUGGCAGCGCCUGACCCCCAGGAUUUUAACACGCUGGCCUAUUACGUAGUCAGGAAUGGGUGUCCUAGAGACUCUUCCUAUGCCACCUACCACUCCCCUUCCAGCCACUUUGCUCGGUUCAAGUUCAACGCCUUCGAGUUCAUGAGCCGGCACCCGUCGGUGUACCUCAAGUGCCAGAUGCUGGUCUGCAGGCUCGGGGACUACUCCUCCCACUGCUACAGGGGCUGCAGCUCCAGGACCAAGAGGGACACCAGCCCUGCUGAGGAACAAGUGGAUGUGGUGGUCGGGCCCCUCCGGCUCCGAGGAGGGGAUGCUCCCAGUGAGAGCACUGGGAAAGAUGAAUAAAUUUCUCUCACGUUUGCUUCAAGGGUGACCAACGGGCUUCAAGAAAAGCCACAGCUCUGUGAUGUCUCACUGGAAUCUGCUUUUGCCAACUUUGCCAUAAAAAGGAAGAGAUCCACACCUUGCAAGCUUCUGCUUUCACCCACGUUUUUAAAAAGUCUAACUUCCCUGGUUGUCCCAAAUGAGAGUUCUCUGUAAUCCUUUUUAGUGCUGUCACUCUUUGAAUUGUGCUAAUUAGCUCCAGUAUGAUUGUGGAUUUUGGGAUAUGGUUUCUUGGUGGACCUAUCUGUGCUAGUUUAAUGGUAGAACUCAAUAACCUUAAAGGUCUUUUCUAACCUAAAUGAUUCCAUGAUUCCAUGACAGCAAACUCCCAGCCUUCUUGAGAAGUAUUUCAUUCCCUCAGUUGUGUUCUGCUUAUGAAGUUUGUUUAGUUGAGUUGUCAUCCCUGCUAAUGUGAAGCCCGUCCAAAUAAUUGAAAGCAGUGAAUGAAUCUGUGAGUUUGCUUAUUUCUGACUUUGAUCUGGGAGCCAUCCUUUAAAACUGGAGCUCUUUGUGCCUUGACCUUCAAUACACUGAGAUCAAACCCUGAAAAUUUCACUCAUAGGGCAGGACUCUUCUAGCAACCAGAAUUGUGGCUACACAAUAUUCUAAUUACUCUGAGUAUUCCUUUUAGUGCUGUAUUUCUCAUUGAAACAAUGAUGGGUCUGGGCUUAUUUAUAAAAUGCAGAGAUUUCCAAGAUAAAAUUAAUCUGUUCUCUGAGCAGUGUAAUUUAUAAUCAAAGGAGGGAAUAUUUACAAAGCAAUAAAUCUAUUUUG